CCACAGUCAUACAAAAGGCAGGGGCAUUUUCCCGAAGUAACCAACCACCUGUAAUCAAGACAGAAAGACAAAUCCUCUUUAAUCUAUAAUUAAACAGGGUGAACCUAUUAAAGGUGAAAGAUUCAGGAGAAAGCAGCAGUACAUAAAACAGCACUCUUGCUGACAAACAGUGGACAGCUGAGGACCAAAGUCAACAAUGAAGCUCUUCAAGUGUCUUUUUCUGUUUGCAACUAUGGUGGUAACUGCCCCAAUCAGAGCACGAAGAGAAAAUGUGUUAAGCUUCCUAAAUGAUGCACUUGGCACAACUACUGAAAAGACCAUACCUGAAAAUACAACAGCAUAUCGAAACCCUCCAAGUAAACCUGUGAAAGAGCAAUAUUCUGAAGCAUCAAACUCAUUCACAGAUAUGUCAGAGGCAAAAUCUACCGAGAGUUUUGACACUAAUAGAUUUACAGGACCUGUAGUAUCUGAUAAAAAUGGAGGUGAAAGCAGAGAUGUAUUCAAAGGCCUUGACAGUGAUGAGAUCGUAAUUCCUAAAGUUGUGGAGAAAGAUAAGGCACCAUUAAGGAGAAAAACCAAUAUGAGGCUGAUGGAUAUGAGCAGCAGGCUGGUUCAGGACCAGGGGAGCAGGGAGCACGGUGGGCCGCACAGGACACACCAAGCAAGCAGAGAGCGGACUGAUCUUAACAGUGAGGAAGGAGUGACGGUGGAUUCUCAGAAGGCUGAAAAUUUGUCAAGAAAACAAGUUAUCAGUUUGAGUAGAGACCGAGUGACUAGCAGUCUCCAAAGAAAGGCAGCACCAGGACGAGUUCAUGAGUUAAAUGGUAUGCUGGUCCCUGGCAGAAGCAGAGAACUGCUGGAUCCAGAUAGUUUGGAGGACAACAUUGGCAGACCUGCUCCAGUGGGCAACAGAGGAGAUGCAGACUAUGAUGAAACCAGAGAAUUUCUCAGCUCUGAAAUGUAUCCAAAAGAUGUUUUAGCACCUCCAGAGCACAUGCCCAGUAGCUUCUCUGUUCCAGCAAAGAGUCGAGCCUCCUGAUUAUCAUACAAAGAUUCUAUUUCUUCCUCAUAAUGAGUCAGGGGCCGCCAUCUGUUGAGUCAUAGGAGGCAGCUCUCUGGCUGCUUCCUUAUACAGUUGCUUCUGGGACUUUUUCA